GAGUCACACGCACUGUAAAACCGCGUAGAGAGUGAGAUGCUUGUUAGAUACAGUCCAUUUCUAAAGGCAUUAACUUUGGUGGGUUUGAGAGUCGAGUCUCUUCUGCAACAGAUCAAAUUUUUUGCUCUCAAAUUCUUGGUUUCUUGUUGGAAAUGGAGAAAAUUAAAGGAAGCCCAUCUGAGAUCGACAGCAUCCGUGUCAUUAGUGCUCUAAACACUCUCAAGAAGAGAAAAUUGCAAGCUGAGCAAUUAGGCUUGCCUAUAUCAAAGCAUAAAUGUUGGGAUCGAGCAGUUGCUUCUGAUGGGCAACUCUCGACUUUCUUAGCCAAGGAAAAGGCAAAGAGAGUAGCCAUUGAUGAUAAGUCAGAAGCAGAACCCCUCGAAUCGGCGAAAGACAGCAAUAGUUUUGGAGAAGAUUAUGACUGUGCAACAUCAGCAUACAAUGGAGCUAAAAUGGAAGUAGAGUAUGCAAAGACAGAAGACAUGCCUUCCUCAUCUUCUCUAACUCAAGGCACUGAUAUUUUGGGGAAAAACAAGUCUCUUUGGAGCAGUUUAAAGGCGGUGAAAGGCGACGCGAAGGAAGAGGAGGAGCUCGUAUUCGGGCAUUAUACUUCCCAACACAAAGAGAGAAUGCAGGCAUGUCUGAAUCUUGAAGAGCAGCUCUUAGAAUAUGGAGAUGAAAGCCUCGAGCAGUGUACUGAUAAGGAGCUUGAAGAUAUUCUCUAUGCUGAGGGAUUGAAUCCCAAUGUGUAUGUACUUUCAUCUGGAAGAUGGACUGUAAAUCAAGUGACUAAUUCAUGUCCAACUAAUGAAUACAUUAAGCUCCUGUCUCUGCUCCAUCUCCGGUGGGGAAGGGGACAAGGCGGGGAUUUCCCUUCGCGAUUAGGAAAAAAAAACUAGAAGAUUUAGAAAAACACUGAUUGAGAUGUGAUUUUUGUGGUUUUGGAUGGAGAGAUUAUUGUAAUUCAUUUUGUUGAUUUUUAUUUUGAAUGCAGAGACUGAAGCAUCAAGUAGGAAACCAA